UUGUUUUUAUCCGCACUUUCUAUAUGUUUAUUCACACACAUUUCUUUAUUCUACUUUUAUUCAGCAUGUCGGCACAAAUGCUAAAACCUGGAGUUUUUAAACACAUUACUUGUCGGAAUAAUAUUUACCCAAAAAGUACAGUGAAACGCUUUAUCGUGCCAAGUGAAUUCGUCGAUUGGUCAACAGAAUAUAGCAAAUAUAUACCUCCGAAUUAUACUGCGCCACAUAUCAACGGACAACCUUGGGCUGAUCCGGACAUCGGUUGUGAAAAUUUUCAGCCGAAGUGGAAUGAACUAGAUGGCGCUGUAAAUCGAGUGUCGCUUAACGGAAUUUAUAAAAUUGAAAAUGAAUAUCCGAUAAAUUCCUUUGGACGUACUGGCUUGCGGGGCCGCGGAUUACUGGGACGCUGGGGGCCAAAUCAUGCAGCCGAUCCAGUGGUGACACGUUGGCAGCGUGAUGCUGAUGGAAAUAAAAUCUGGAAUAGUGAAACAAAAAAAAGCAUUUUACAAAUGGUGGCCAUACAACGUCAUGAUAAUAAAAUGUGGGCUAUACCAGGUGGCAUGGUUGAUCCUGGCGAAAAGGUUAGCGCAACACUUAAGCGAGAAUUCAUGGAAGAGGCUUUGGAUAGUUUUGAUAAUCAGAAAAUGAUUGAAGAGUUUUUCGCAAAAGGCCUAGAAAUCUAUAAAGGAUAUGUAGACGAUUACCGGAAUACAGAUAACGCCUGGAUUGAGACAGUGGCGUAUAAUUUCCAUGACGAUAACGGAACUGCGGUGGGACAAUUAAAGCUCUCUGCUGGCGAUGAUGCUGCCAACGUAAAGUGGCUAAGCAUAGAUAGUAGCAUUAAACUGCAUGCAAAUCAUAAUGAUAUAAUUGAAGCAGUUGUAACUAAGUUGAACGCACAUUGGUAGCUCGGUACCAAGGCGAAUUUAUAAUAAUAUAUAAUAAAUCCACCUUGCUCGGUACAUACCUUGCAUAGUGCCUGCGGUCAUCUCAGACCAAGAAUAGAUUCGCUGCAGAAAAUGCAAGGCGAAUUCAUAGGAGGUAACUUCAAUAGAGCUACAAAAACACUUGCAUGUAUUUUAUUUUAGCGAUUUGAUGUUGAAUUGUCCAAAUUUCAAUGUAAUUGAACAAUUAAUUAAGCAAAGAAAAAGGGCUCCUUGACAUUCAAAUCAAUUAUAUAAUUAUUUUAUUGUUAUUUCACCUGCCAAUGAAACUUGGGACCCACUUGUAAAGUAGGAAGUCACAAAAAUUCCUCAAUUUUGUGCAAUUUCUCGGUCAAGUUUUCGGGCUUUUAUCACAGUUGCCAACCUCAUGAUUUAAACACUAGAUUAAGUGUGUUUUUGUUUUUUUUGGGGGAAAUUAUCACGACAAACAAUUAAUAACCGUGUGUCUGUAGACUCAUUACUCAACAUAAAAAACUGACCAAAAAGAGAAAAUUGUCGGUGUUACUAUUAUAAUAUACCAGAUGAUGUAAAUUAUGUCAUCGCUAACAAACGCUUCUAUCGAAAUCCGAAAUAAUAUUUAAAACAAACAAAUUUCAUGACCGCAAGUUGAAAAUUAUGAUUAAGUAGGUUUUGGAAUUAAUUUAUACACUUUAAUGUAUACUCGUAGAAGCUAAUUUUUUUACAGAAUCGUUAUGAAUGAAUAAACUGUUACUGAAUUA